ACCCUAAUGUCUCAACAAAUGAAACUGACCUAUGGAAAAUGUAACUUGAAAAAAGAGACAUUGCGCAUACCUUUGUAAACCAAUAAAAUUUUAAUAAAAAUAUUAUUUUAAAAAAGUAAAGAAAAGGAGAGCAAUAAAAAGAAACAUCCACUCUAUACACAAACACCUUAGACUGAACUGCGGAACAUUUAUGGAAGAAGCCUGAAACACUAAUUUAAAAAGAGAAAUUCUUAAAGAAGAGGAGGUAAACUUGUCAACUGAAGUUGUUCAAGCUGAAAGCUCAGAAUGGUUAACUCAGGGGGGUUGGAGUAGAUUUGAUUUGUCCCCUGAAGAGGAUUGGAUUCAGGUAUCUCUCAUGCUGAAAUUCUAGAAGAAACAGCCACUGAGAAGAACCAGAAUACAUGGACUGACUAAAGGAUCAAGAGGAAGAUGAAAUUCAUAGCAUCAUAGAGUUGGAAGGAACAAUGAGGGUCAUCUAGCACAACUCCCUGCAAUGCAGGAAUCUUUUGCCCAACGUGGGGCUUGAACCCACAAACCCGAGAUUCUCAUGCUGUACCACCUGAGCUACCCUGCACAUCCAGGAGAAAGGAUGUGUGCAAAUGAUUCAUCAGAAGAACAGCACCUGGACAUUCACAUACCAUGCAAAUGUUUCCCGAAGGUGUCCACGGAGUCAUAGUGUAGUGCUUUGUCCCUCCCUUUGACAAGUAUUUGCACAGAAAAUAUUUUGCUUUGAAAGAGUGGAGGAGGACACUUCCCAGGCACCGCUCAGAAGCAACUGGCACUCCUCAGUGGCAGAGCCCUUCUAGCAAAGCAUGCUGUUCUUCCGUUUCCAGCUGUUGAUUUUCCUCCUUAACCUGAAUUUAUCCAGAUGUGAGGACAAGAGGAAUUCGAUCAUCUCCGCACUGGAGAAAGCAACUUUGUUCCUGGAAGAGCAAUAUAAUGAACUCAACAUAGAUGGAGUGUUUGGAUAUCGUCUGUUGCAAGCGUAUCUGAAUGGAACAUUGGAGAAAUGGGCCUCGGUGUCUGGAUUAGAGUCGGAGCGAGUGCGAGUGCGACGCUUGGAUGCGAAGGUGUCAGCUCUGAUUGAAAAGGCAAAGCGUGCUCUAGAGAAGAACGAGCCGGAUUCUUACAGAGCAUUUCAUCAAGCUUUAAGCCCAGGGUUUUGGAAGAUUCCCCAUCAGUGGGCUCAGAAUGACCCUCCUGUUUCUUUCUCCCCAACCAACGGCUCAUGUCUGGACUUGGAAACAAGCGAUUACUGCCUAUCCAUCCUGCUAGGAUCAGGGGCUGGUGGCACACCUUGCCUUGUUCCAGAUAACUGCAGAAGCAUCAUGAUAAAAACACACUGCUCGGGAUAUGGCCUGUCCCAUCAGCUUUUCUACUUCCUGUUUGCAGAGAUGAAAGGAUGCUCGGAUCCCCUCUUCCACAAUGCGCAAUAUUACAAGAGUGUGUUCUGUCAUUUAAUGAUGCAAAUCAAUGUCGAAUCUGAAAAGCAAGCGCUCCUAGGGACCGUGGGAGACCUUUUUACGGAAAACAUUUUGUUUUGUGGCCUGGCUGGAUUCUCUGAUUUCUAUAAACCACGGUGGCUGGACAUCAUUCUCAACUGGCAAAAAAGGGAAAGAGGAUGUUUCUGGAUGUUCGACUCCUCCAGCCCAGUUUCUGAAGACCAUCAUAAGGAAGCACGAAGAGUUAAGAGAACGGAGAAGAUUCUUGAAGGUGAAUGUGCUUCUCACAACACCGCCGUGGCCGUAGGAGCGAUUGGAGGAUUUCUCCACUACGAGUUCUGAUGCUUUCGUGCUUCUUUUUUCUUAUGCAACUGAGCUUAACUUUCUGGCUUUAUUAUGCAAUGCAGGACCUGUCGCUCUUCUCUCUAGGUACAUUUUGGGUGCUAGUCAACAUGACUGUGCUCUCAACCAGGGCACUGGAAAAAUCAUAUUCAUAUUGUGGGGUGCUGUACUGCUCCCUAAUUAGAACAGGGAGGAGACUCACCGUCUUCUUGAACUGUCUCCCCAGCAUGGGGCAGGGGCAGUGAUGUGCUGGCCCAGGAUCUUUGGGAUUGAAGACCUCUUACAAUUUCUGUAAGAAACUUCUGUAAGAACACUCACGCUCAGGAAGCAAGGGAGAAACAUGCUAAGAGGGAGGCAUGCUUGGCAUAUCCACACCGUGAUCAGCUCCCGCCCAGAAACCAAUGUCCCCACUGUGGAAGGAUGUGUGGAUCCAGAUUUGGCCUCCACAGUCACUUACAGACUCAUUGUUAAAACCGUGUUUAUGGAAGACAAUCUUACUCAGGUACGAGUGAUCGCCAAAGACAACAAUUUCUGCAGCAGGGUCUCUGUGUCCAUUGUCCUAGAGUCGCCCAAUGAGCACGAAAGGGGAGCUGUUUAGCCACGGCAUGCUCCAAAGCUAAGCAUUUACGGACACUGAAAACACACGGUGCUGCAGUUUUAAGGGAAUGAGUGGUGUGCAGGUUCUGUUGUGCACAAUGGAACACAACUUAAGUCAAUUUCUUCAACCUAAGGACCACAUACCAGUGGUGUGGGUGGGGCCAGAGGCAAAAAGUGAGUGUACAAAAGUGUACAAAAGUUAAGAGUCACAACAGAUGUGACUCUUAACUUUUGUACAGUAGGCUGCAUUCCAGCCGCAUGAAAGUCAGAGGCUUCUGCACAGAGGUUUGUGCUCUAAAUGUCUGGUGCAGAUGUGGCCUCAGACUGACAGCUUCAUCCACACCUAGCCUAGGUGUCACUUACAUUUUAAUCUCUUUUAUCCUAUCUAAUUAGGCUCCUCACUUGUCUAUCUGGCUCCAUUUGCAUUGUUCCCUCCUUCGGCACCUUGUGCUAUCCUGCUUCUCCCAGUCUUCCAUAUCUUCUGCCAUCUCUAUAGUUUUAACCAAAUAAUUGCCAUUUCCACCUGAAUGUGCCACCCAUGUACUUAGUCUUUUUUUGCAAUAAACUGCAUUUUCAAGUACCCUAA